AUGAAGACCAGCAAUGUCAAUCUUAGCACCAUAUCUACAAUAGUCAAAUCGAAUUCAACCCGAUCGGACAUUGAUCAAGACAGAACUUCAACUAGUACUAGUCAAUUGCCCAAGGACUCAGAAACCCCAGCAGACCAAACAGAAACAUCACAGACACAACGAUCACCAAUUGUAAAAAAUCAGACAAACAAAUCCCAGCCACUACAAGCCACUCACAUCAAUCAACAAGUCAAAGAUCCAACUUGUUCUCCUACUCGAUCUGAUUCUUCAAGCACAUCUCAUCUAGUAGAAGAACUUCUAAUUAUCAACUCGUUGACUCCAAGAAAAAGGAAGGAAGAAGCCUCCAGUCUAACGCAUCAAUACCAACAACCAUCAGAAGACGAAAAUCAUGCGAACGAACAUCUACCGGAUCUCGAGCAAGAGCCAACAUCAAGCACAAUAAUACUCACACCAGUAUUAAGACCAACUCCCGCUGAAGAAUGUUCUUCUGAUGCAUGUGAUGUACCCUCGAAGCACAAACCACACCAAGUGAUUGAUUCCAAGAGUUUCAACCAUAGUGUUCAUAUCGCCAAAUCCUCACAACUCGAUUUACCAUUGCCAAAUAAUCGAGAACAACCGGUACUUUGUACCGUUGAUACCAACGAACCCUCACUAGGACCAUCAGCGGCAAAAUCUCGCAAACGCAAGCUUCCCCAAAUAUACUCAUACACCAAUUCACAGUUAAACCCUGACGAAAGUGGCACAACUGCUGCAGCUGUGACCACUAACUCAGUCUCAACAACACUCGCUCCUAAUUUGACAAGCGGCUCACUUUUGGAAUCGACUGAUCCGGCGACCAACUCUGGACUGGCGAACGAAUCUUCUGAGCUAUUAGUCAAAACUGCACACAAGAGCAGGCGGUUGCAAAAACCCAAUGUAAGUCGUCAAUCCAUCACUCAGUUCCACUUGACUUGA